UGUAGUCCAAAACAUCUGGAGGGCACCAGGUUGGUGAACACUGAAAUAGGCGACAGCUGAAUGAAUCCAUGUCCACCCUGUCCCUCGCCGCAUUGGGCGAUUUAAAGACACAGUUCAGAACUCCAGGCUACAACUGCCAAUUCCUAGUGAACUGCUGUUUUGCUUUGGUGACUUGCAACUGUUGUCUCUCACUCAAGUCAGGCACAGAGCCAGACUUGAACAAAUAAUAAAUUACGUCCAGUGUGGGCAUGAUUCUCUCCCUGCCCCGUUCAUCCUUAAUUAAAGGUCUCUUGAGGAAAGGCAUAGUAGUAGCAGGUGGGCCCCCACUAUUUGGGAGGAGCUAGCCGGUCUUGCAGGACUGAGGCUUAGCACGACCCAGAAUAGGGUAAGAAUGCUCGAUGUCACAUCCCAGAAUUUGCAGGCCCACAUUGAGAGGGAGCAACAUAACGCUUCUUGCUUGCCCAGAUGCAAGACAGAGAGGGGUGUGUGAGUGUGUGUGUAGAAACUAGCCUACUGAACAUUCACACUCAUUGCUCUGCCUCCUUUUGUCCCUGCCCCUGCCCACCACUGGCAUGUGGUCCCUGGAAGCUUGCCCGGAUGGGGAUGUGGCCCUCGGGCUGAAAGAAAGAUUAGAUGUAGCUAAUCACCUUGACAGGAAAUGCCUACUGAGGCAGAUGUAGGCGGCUUUUCAGCUGAUGGCUGCUACCUCUUUGUUUGUUGUUUGGCAGUCAGUGCAAGGAGCAGCUAAAUAGACAACUGAUCCCUCACAAGCGUCCACCUGCCUGGGAAGUUACUGGAGAGGCAUUAGCUAGCAAAGUGCACAGAAGGAAUCCCAUCACAGUUGAGAGACAGGCUUUGCCGCCUGGCAAGCCAACCACCACGCUUGGCACCCUUAAAGCCAGCUCACACAAUUGGCACAUCCCAGGCGCAGCACUCUUCCUGGGCACGAUAGUGGCUGCGGCCCCCAACACAACAGAACAGGCUACCUAUUUCCCUCUGAGACUCCCCCUCCCUCAACAAAUCAUUUCCCCCUGCAAUAAAUCCACCCCCACUCUCGAUCUUCAUGGUCCUGACAACUUCUCUUUCAGUUAAUUAUUUUCCGUGUCUUCCCCCAGCUUAAAGAGUCGGGAGUUGGACAAAGCUCGGAAUUUAAACUCAGCUGCUAUCCAAACAUCAGCCACUACCUCGCUGGUCUGCCACAACUCUUCAACACCCGAGUACUUUGCCACAAGAUAGCGCCCUGCUUUCCCCGGCGGGCCCAGCAGGCGCCGCUGUCCCGUUUUGCAGGCCUGCCCUGCUGCGGGCUGAGCUGCUCACUCCAGGCCGGGGAUUGACAGGCCUCUCGCAGGAGACGAAAGGAGGCGGAGGCAACCAUCGCAGACGCUAAGAGGCAGCCGCGAGAAGCCUGCGAGGUCGGAGCCGCCUCUGCCUUGCAAUCCGCAGCCAUCCUGACCCCCGAGCCCCCAAUCUCCCCCGCCACCCGGCUCCCCAGGCACGUCUGGCUCCCUACAACCACCACAGGCAGAUCGAGAGCGGCGCAGAGAGAUUUCUUUACUAGAUGACAUUUCAUCGCAAUGUCCGAUCGUUUGGGGCAAAUAACCAAGGGAAAGGAUGGGAAAAGCAAGUACUCGACUCUCAGCCUGUUUGAUAAGUAUAAAGGAAAGUCAGUAGAAGCUAUCAGGACUACAGUUAUUCCUAGACAUGGCUUACAGAGUCUUGGGAAAGUUGCUACUGCCCGGCGCAUGCCACCUCCUGCCAACUUGCCAAGUUUGAAGUCUGAGAACAAAGGAAACGACCCCAAUAUCAUCUUAGUACCUAAGGACGGCACAGGAUGGGCAAACAAGCAGGACCCGCCAGAGCAAAAGAGUUCCAGUGCCACGGCCGCACAGCCGCAGGAGUCGCUGCCGCAGCAGGAUUUGCAGAAAUCUGUCUCCAGUUUACAGAAGCUGACACAGUCAAUCAGUCAGGAGAAUACAAAUUCAGUCCCAGGUGGGCCAAAGUCAUGGGCACAGCUGAAUGGAAAGCCAGCCGGACAAGAAGUUGGUUCAAGGGCCUCAAGCCGACUGUUAUCCUUCUCUCCCGAGGAGUUUCCAACGCUGAAAGCAGCUGGCGAGCAGGACAAGGCUGGCAAAGAAAAGGGCGUCUUAGAUCCGUCGUAUGGGCCCGGACCAAGCCUCCGCCCGCAGAAUGUCACUAGCUGGAGGGAGGGGGGCGGCAGAAACAUCACCUCUGCCACAUCUUUGGCCGCCUCCCUGACCGAGCUGGGCUGCAAGACCUCUAGUGCAGGAGACGGAGCCCCCUCCUUGGCGAACGCCAGCGACCUUAAAGAGCCUGCUGUCCGCCCGACACAGCCUGUCCGCAAAGGGGCUUCGCAGUUCAUGGCAAACGUGUACCAGCCCCCAACUUACCACGACAUGCUCCCUGCUUUUAUGUGUUCAAACCAGCCAUCUGAGACCCCGGGGGCGCUGGACCGUGGGUCCUUCCCCCUCCCGCAGUUUCGCCUGGAACCCCGCAUCCCAUUCAGACAAUAUCAGAGCAGCGACCAAGAUGGAAAAGAAAAUCGCCCCGGGAUCUCACGCCCGGCUCGUCCCGCCCGGCCACAAGGGGAGCGAGUUCCCCGACCCACCAUCAUCAAUGCAGAGAACCUGAAGGGGCUGGAUGAACUUGACAAUGAUGCAGACGAUGGCUGGGCAGGAAUCCACGACGAGGUCGAUUACUCUGAGAAACUGAAGUUCAGCGAGGAUGAGGAGGAGGAGGACACUCACAAGGACGAAAGGCCAAAAUGGAACAGCUGGGAUCCCAGGAGGCAGCGGCAGCUGUCCCUGAGCUCUGCAGACAGCGCAGAUGCCAGGCACCCCCCAGACGAAGCAAAGAACAGCCUGUCCCGGCCGAUUCGCAAAGCGUCUGAUAUCUUGCCUCCUUCGAGGAAGGUGAACGGCUGGGCUCCCCUUACGGACUAUCAGAAACCUUCCCUGGCGACCCUCCGGCAGCAAUCGUCUGACGACAAGGAGGAGAAGCUUCCCCCGAGGCAGAAGUUCAUCCACUCCGAGAUGUCCGAGGCUGUUGAGCGGGCCAGGAGGAGGCGUGAGGAGGAGGAGCGGCGAGCGCGGGAAGAGCGACUGGCUGCCUGCGCUGCCAAGCUGAAGGAGCUGGAUCAGAAGUGCAAGCUGGCGCAGAGAGCGGGGGACGGCCACAAGCACGCAGAGAGCGAAGAGCCCAGGCCCUCCAGCACGGAGAAGAAUGCCGCACUGGAGAUCAGCCAUGUGAUCCGGAGAGCAAAUCCCGAGUUUCAUACCCAGGAAUCUUCUUCGGGUUACGUGGAAGAGGAGACCCCGGCUGUGUUGACAGCCCACCGGAGCAGCAGUGAGGAGGAACUCCGAGAGGCUGCGUCUCCAGCACAGGAGUUCAACAAGUACCCGAAAUUGCUUCCCCCGCGGUUCCAAAGGCAGCAGCAACAGCAGCAGCAGGAUCAGCUGUAUAAAAUGCAGAGCUGGCAGCAGUCCCAGGUCUACCCUCCCACCUCCCACCCUCAGCGGACCUUCUACCCACCCCAUCCUCAGAUGCUGGGCUUCGACCCCCGUUGGAUGAUGAUGCCUUCCUACAUGGACCCUCGUAUGGCCCAGGGGCGCCCCCCAGUGGAUUUCUAUCCCUCCACCCUUCAUCCCUCAGGGAUUAUGAAGCCGGCGGCCCAGCAGGAUCCCAUGAACGGGAGCAGCUGUCCAUCGAAGGAGCAGAACUGCCAGCCCUCGGUGCAGCCAGAGAGGAAAGCUGUUCCCGGGGAAGCCUCCCCAUCUGUAUGGGGGCAAGAGAGCUACACCCCCUUGCAGAGCAAAGGGUGCCCCGUUUCACGCCCAAAGCAGACCGAGGGCAUGGCCAGCGAAAGAUUGCAUUCCAGAAACGACACCUCUUACUUGACACAGUCCAGCAUAAACCCUCAGCGCGAUCUCUUUGAGGAGCCGGGAGAAGACUACUUAAACUCCUUUGACAAGAAGCCCCAGGCAAAUUAUGACAGCUGCAUCGGCUCCUCCCAAAGGGUGAGCCAGGAUCGCCUCUUCCAGCAUCAAGAGUGUGCUCCCUCUGACGCAUGCGUUGCUGACACUUGUCAUGUGAACCUGAGGAACACCCCCUUGGAAGCCAGCAUGAUCCAUGAUAAGAAGCCAGAAUUCAAUGGCUGGGAUGCUGGCCAUUAUCAGAAAUCCUCAGAGGGGACAACUUCUGCAGAGGAAGAGGCGUGCCGAGACGAGCAAUCGUUUGGUGCCGAGACGUGGAAGAAAGACGGGUCCACUGGCAAGCAGAAUGCUGUUGAGCCAGGAUGGUCUCCUGAGAGCCGAAAUGCCGGCGGCCAGCAGCAGCAGCAGCAGCAGCCCCAGGAACAAACAGGGAGGGCUCGCAGAUCUGGCCCAAUUAAGAAGCCAGUUCUGAAAGCUCUCAAAGUUGAAGAGAAGGAGAAAGAGCUGGAAAAGGUGAAAGCGGACGGGGAAGAAGCUUCUCCUCAUUCGGCUAAAGAAAAGGCCCCCGUUCACAAGAAAGAGCAAGAGGCGGAGGAGGAUUGUGCAGCGUUGCUCCACUCCGCCCGCUUUCACGUUCUGGAUGAGAAGUACCCCUCUCGGCCUGUGGUCCAAGCAGCUGAGAAACCCCAGGAGGAGGAGGAGGAACCAGAAGAGGAGGACGAGAAAAGCGGGAAAGUCUGGGAGGGUAAACCUCAGUCGAGGGAGUCCAGCGACCUGCCCCCUACCAAAAGAAAUAACUGGAUUUUUAUUGAUGAGGAACAAGCCUUUGGUGGAAGGGGCCAGGGACGUGGCCGAGGCCGUGGCUUCAGGGAGUUCACAUUCCGAGGCCGUGGGAGCACUGUGGGUUGUGGGGGUAGCGGCAGCAGCAGCAACAGUAGCAGGGGAGCUUACGGCAGCAGUAACAAUAGCGGUGUCAACAGUACCCAGCGGAGCAGCAGAGGGCGGGCCUUGAGGGAAUUUAACCAGUCGGAAGAGUUUCCUCGGGGGAAACCCAGGCGCAGGAUUGCCAGUGAGACCCACAGCGAAGGUUCGGAGUACGAGGAGCUGCCCAAACGACGACGCCAGCGGGGUUCUGAGAACAGCAACGAGGGCUCCCUUGCGGAGAGGGAGGAAGGUGACCUCAAGAAGGGGGACUUGCAUGACUCCUGGAGAUCCAAUAAGAUCUAUUCGGAUGACCACAGCGCCCUUGAUGCCAAGACAAGGGCCCCGCGAGCUUUUGGGCGGUCUCUGCCCCCAAGGCUUAGCAAUUCUGGGUAUGGGCGAAGAGGCAUUGCUUCCAAGGAGCCUUCGCAGUGGCAGUGCAGGAGUGGGGGAAACACGUGGCAGGAGUACAGCCACGGUACACCUCUGGAUACCUUUGGGGUCAGGCGCCCGUCUGAGAGGGACUAUGGCCAGGACUCCUUUAGCAGGCGUGCCUUUGAGGAGGACCCCGUCGACAGGAGGCUCUACUUCCAAGGGGAUUACGGGGGCGAUCCUGAAAACGUCGAGAACCGCCCUUUCCGUCGCCGGCGUCCACCUCGCCAGGACAAACCACCCCGGUUCAGGCGCUUGAGACAAGAGCGCGAGUCUGCGGGGCAGUGGAACCCGGAAGAAGGUGGGACCAACCUCUUAGCUUGCCAGUGGCCGGGGAGAGCCAAGCUGUCCGUGAUGGACAGGAGCGGCACCUCUACCAGGAGAUCGCCUGAACUGCCCUAUCAGAAUUCCUCUGACCAUGCCAAUGAGGAGUGGGAGACGGCCUCUGAAAGCAGCGACUUCAGCGAGAGGCGGGAGAGGCGCGGCGGUGGCAUCUCGGAGGGUGAGGCCCAGCUGGAUGGCAGCCUUGCCAGCAGUGGCGUGGGGGAAAAGAGGGAGUUGGCCAAGAGGAGCUUUUCGAGCCAGAGACCCUUAGUGGAUCGGCAAAGCCGGAAAGCCGAUUCGGCUGGCUGUGGGGACAAAGCCGUGAGAACUGGUGGAAAUGGAGCAGCUUCUUGCUACGAGAGCCAGCAGCAGAAUGGGGCACAGACGAAAAGCAAAAGAUCUCCAGAAGAAAGCGGGAGCCUUGACCCCAGCAGCUCUGGGAGUGGGCACUCCGUUUACGGCUCCCACACCAACUUGAACAGCGGCGAAGGGCUGGGGAAGAAACCAGAGAGGGAGCCCCAGUCUGCAGCCCAGCAAGCGGGUGAAAAGGGAGAGGCCAUUUCUCAGUUUGAGCUGAACUAUGGAAAUGGUAUCAUGGACGGACGGCUUUCCGGCCCCAUGGAGGAGAAUGAGGUGGGCCCGAUGGGGGGCGAAGGCUUCAUUGAGGUCCUGACGAAGAAGCAGCGGAGGUUGUUGGAGGAGGAGCGGAGGAAGAAAGAGCAAGCAGCCCAGGCUCCAGCCAAAGGCCGCGUCCUUCAGUCUCGUAUCCCUCCACGCUUUGCCAAGAAGCAGAACAGCGUGUGCCUCGAGCAAGGGGACAUUUCGGUUUCUGGAAACAGCCUCGGCACAGAGAUCUGGGAGACCAACAGUCCUGGGCUUUCUGUCCAGUCGUCUGGCACAGAUUCCUGGAGCAAACCCAUCAACACCUUUACUAGCCAUGAAUCCAGCUCUGCCGAGGGGUUUAAAGGCAGCCAAGGGGAUAGUGGCAUUGACUUGAGCGCGGAGUCGCGGGAGUCCUCCGCCACAUCUUCCCAGCGUAGCUCUCCCUACGGCACCCUCAAACCCGAAGAGAUGAGCGGAGGCAGCCUUGCAGACCCCAAAGCUGAUUGCCAGAAAGAGCAAGCUCCAAAGCAGGCGGAUAAAAAGGAUUCAGACCAAGGCUUGGGUCAGAGCAAGGACCACAAGCCCGGACCAAUUGGCAACGAACGCUCCUUGAAAAACAGGAAGGGCUCGGAGGGUGCGGAACGCCUCGAAGGCAGCGUCCCCUCGGUCAAUGGGGUGGAGAUACAUGUGGAUUCGGUCCUUCCUGUGCCACCCAUUGAAUUCGGAGUAAACCCUAAAGACUCGGACUUCAGCCUGCCUCCUGGUUCAGCCUCCAGUUCUGCAGCUAACUCGGUCACAAAAUUACAGGAUGCCCUGGCCAACAACGCUGGGCUGGCGCAGUCCCUCCCCGUCCUCCGGAGAGAUCACCACCUCCCGCGGUGCAUCAACUUGAAUCCCAUCUCUUUCCCUUCCGCAGACCUCACUCUUAAAAUGGAGUCAGCGCGCAAAGCUUGGGAGAACUCCCCAAAUCUCCCAGAACAGAGCUCUCCCGGAGGUGCUGGCAACUCUGGAAUCCAACCCCCUUCCACUGUUGGGGCUUCCAACGGCGUGAGUUACAGCUCCUUCGGCGGCGUUUCCGUGCCACCGAUGCCUGUGGCUUCUGUAGCACCAUCUGCUUCGAUCCCAGGACCGUUAUGGAAAAGGACUGCAGAAGUAGGAUUCUGGAGUUCAGUAUGGGGUGGGACUCCUGUAUCUUUGAUGGCCGGGUGGAAGGGAGAUGGCAACCACAUCCCACCGCUCUAUUUGGAUGGCCACGUCUUUGCCAGCCAGCCCCGUCUCAUCCCCCAGACGAUAACCCAGCAGCAGAGCUAUCAGCAGGCCGCUGCAGCUCAGCAGAUCCCGCUCUCUCUCCACACGUCAUUGCAGGCUCAGGCCCAGCUCGGGCUAAGGGGAGGCCUUCCUGUUUCACAGUCCCAGGAGAUCUACAGCUCAAUCCAGCCUUUCAGAUCUCAGGUCUACGUGCACCCCAGCCUGUCCCAACCAAACACCGUGGUCCUGACAGGGGGCACUGCCCUGAAGCCUCCUUAUUCCGCCUUCGCAGGCAUGCAGCCCUUGGAGAUGGUGAAGACACAGUCUGGAUCCCCUUACCAGCCAGUUAACGGGAGCCAGGCCCUGGUAUACGAAGGCCAGAUCAGUCAGGCGCCCAGCAUGGGAGCCUCGCAGAUGAUGGACUCGCAGCUUACGCAGCUGACGAUGCCGAUGCCAGGGUCCCAGCUUCCGAUGCCCCGUUACGGUUCUGGCCAGCAGCCGCUGAUACUACCGCAGUCCAUCCAGCUCCCCCAAGGCCAGAACCUGUCUGUUGGAGCUCCUCGCAGAAUCCUCUCGCCUGGCUCCCAGCUGCCUGUCCUUGCAACGAGCAGGGAGGUAAGAAGCAACAGGUCCUCACACGUGGAAAUGAAAGGGUUCCACUUUGCAGAUGCGAAACAGAAUGCGCCCACGGGAGGGUCUGUCCCGUCGCCUCAUGCAUACAGGCCUAAUUCUGCCAGCCCCAGUGGGAAGCCCUCUGGACCGGCCAUCAGUAUGAACCCUGUGCAGGGGCAUUACAUCCAGCAGGCAAAACAGCGAGUGGAUGAAAGCAAAGGCAGCCUUGGUGCCGUGAAAUUGCAGGAGCCCCCCUCUGCCAGUCAGAUGAAGCCGACGCGCACAGGAGCAAUCAAGCCUCAGGCGGUCAAGGUGGAAGAGAGCAAGGCCUAAGCAACUGUGCCCCCACCACCACCACUGCCAGUCCCCCUCCCUGGAUGCCUGUCAGCUUGUUCUACUUGUCACACAGAGAGAGAGAGAGAAGGCUCUGCAAAUCACUCCACAUUUUCCACCCCUGGUGACCGGCUGCGCUGAGACUUCCUUUUUCCCCUUGCAUUGGCUUUUCUGCAACUCGCCUGUCAGCCACCCAAAGCGACGGUCGUCCGAGUCCCCCUCCCAGCAAAGCGAUUCUUGAGCAGUGGAUUGUGAUGUUGCUUUCAAACGACGACCACAGCAACAAAAGGCAAACAUCCCAGGCACUGCCACUGCCCCCUUCCCAAAAUGACUUACUGAGUGGUUCUGGUUAUUUUUGUUUGACUUAUUCCCACUUGCAAACAGCGGCCUCUGCUUUUUUGGGGUGAAGCCCUCCCCUCCCCUCCUCCUCUUCAUGUCUCAGCUGAGUGGUAACAGGAAGCCAGGAGUACUCCGGAAACUGCUUCUGCUUCUCUUUUUUUUAAAAUAACACAACAGUCUGCCAAGGUUUUUAAGAAAAUGGGAUGCUGUCUGUUUUGUUCUAUAGACAAACUUUUCUCUGUUAUCUCUCCUUUCCCUCUCCUCCUUCCUCUACUCCUCUUUGCUUUCUGGAAAAGAAUCCCCCUCCCGUCAAAAUCAUGUGCUUGAAUGGAUUUCUCCCCCUUUUACUUGGGCAGAGCGAGGGGAUGGAAUGAAGAUCCCGUGCGAUGCGUUGAACUUUCGACACUCCCUUGAUGUGAAGCUGUGAAGGCGCUUAGGGUUGCAUCCAACAUUAGCCCUACUCAGAGUUGACCCAUUGAAAAUAAUGGACAUGACACUUGUGGGUCCAUUAAGUUCAUUGGAUCCACUUUAAGCAGAAUUUAGUUGGCUGGAACCCCUUAGUCCUUGGCUGCUUAGAUUCCUUGCAAGUAAAUCCAGGAUAGGUAAAGGCCUUCGGCAGCUUAGGAUAAGUGUUCCCCCUGCUGUCUUCAUGAAAUUAUAGAAGCAGAGCUUGUUUUAGAAGUUAAAAAGUAAAAGAUGUGUAAGAAAGGCAUUUAUAGUAGGACCAACACCAUGAAUCCCAAAGCCCUCUUCUGCUCAGAGCUAUAUAGUUCUGGCCUGUCUCUCCCCCCCCCCCGCAUGGCUAAAAGGAAAAGAAAUCAGUGUCGCUUUCAUUUUAAGAAAGGCUUCCAAGUUUCUUCCAUGAGAUUCCCCCCUACCCCCCAAUCUGGU